AUGGCACCACAACAUGGUGAUGUGGGAGGUUCUGAGGGAAAUGAGUCCCAAAAUUCUGCAAAGAAGAGAGCACCAUCAAGAGAUGUUCUCGCAUCCCUCCAGGAGAAGGUUACCAGGCUCGAAGGUUCCAUGACGGAAGCCAGGGCAGUGCUGGACAUGCUGGAGUCCGUAGACCUUGAAAGGCUGGGAUCGAUAGAUCUCGAUAAGCUAGAUUCAUUGGAUUCUAUCAAGGAGGAGGUUCAGGAUUCACUCAACGAGUUAGAUGCAAGGACAACCGAUCGUGGUGAUUCCUUAGAAGCCAUGGUUGUGGCUUUAAGGAAGGAAUUUGAGGAACUCAAGAGUGAGGGUUCCGAUUCUGAGGUGGCAAAGCUAAAGAGGGAGGUCGAGUUGCUCAUGACCGAGUUGUUGGUGUGCAAAGCUGCGUUCGGAAAUAGCGCAACCACGAUUGCACCCAAAACCUUGGGCGACAUCCCUAAGCCGGAGAAGUUCAAAGGGUCCAGGUCAGCCCAAGAUGUCGAGAAUUUCCUUUGGGGGCUGGACCAAUACUUUGCGGCCACAUACAUCACGGAGGAUGCCAAGAAACGACGUAGAUGCAACGAUGUGAAGCGUAGUACUUAUGCCAUCGCAACGUGGAAAGAGUUCCAAGCGGAGUUCAAGGAACAAUUAUACCCGGAGUAUGCCGAAUAUGAGGCACAGUCCAAACUGAGGCGUCUCAAGCAAGAAGGGUCAUUAAGGGAGCAUGUUCGAAAGUUCGCCGAAGUAAAUCUCCAAGUCCCGAGUUUAAGUGAAGAGGACGGGUUCUUCACCUUCAUGGAUGGGCUAAAACCAUGGGCGAAGAACGAGCUAAGGCGACGAGGGGUCAAGGAUCUCUCGACUGCCUUGACGACGGCCGAGUCAGUCAUUGAGCUUGGCGUCAAGAGUGUGGACUCCAAACCAAAGCCAAAGUUUCGAGACAGCAGUAGUGAUAGGGACAGGGCAUCCAGAUCCGACAAAGAUUCGAGUGGCAGUGGAAGGUCAUCGAAUAGUAAACACUUCGACAAGAAAGAUAAGCCAAUUAUCCAAUGUUACAACUGCAAGGGCCAAGGGCACUUGGCGAGGGACUGUUCGCAGAGGAACAAACUCUCAGCCAUCAAGGAGAAAAAUGAGGAAGAGAGUGAGACUCUUAAGCUUGGCUCCAUUCUGAGCACCAUGGAGGUCAAGAAGGGUCGAAAGAAGAAGGGGUUGAUGUUCGUGGACGUCAACGUUGCUGGCCAAAAACUGAAUGCACUAGUGGACACCGGUGCCUCAGAAUUGUUCAUGUCCGAACCAGUGGCCAAGAGACUUGGCCUUCAUGUGGAGAAGGUGAAUGGUUCCAUCAAAACCGUGAAUGCCGAAGAAGUUCUGAUUGCGGGGGUCGCAAAAGGAAUCGAGCUAACCGUUGGGGGAUGGUCUGGAAGAGAAACCAUUAAGGUAAUUCCUCUUGAUGAUUUCGAUUUUGUUCUUGGCUUAAGUUUCUUGGAAAGGAUCAAUGCUUUCCCGGUACCCUUUCCCGAUUGCUUGUGCAUCCUGGAUCAAAAGCAACAAUGUAUCGUUCCAGAGGUAUGCAAGGAGGAACCGAUCUUCCUAGUUGUCUUGGUGUGUGACGAGCUAGCCACAACCAAAGAUGUUCCCGACGUGGUGAGCCACGUUUUGGCAGAAUUCAAAGACGUGAUGCCUGCCGAGUUACCCAAGAAAUUGCCUCCAAAGAGGGAGGUAGAUCACAAGAUUGAGCUUGUGCCAAAUGCGGAGCCACUCGCUCGAGCCCCUUACCGAAUGGCUCCGCCCGAGUUAAAAGAGAUGCGCAGACAAUUGAAGGAUCUCCUCAAUGCUGGUUACAUUCGACCAUCGAAGUCCCCCUAUGGAGCUUCGGUGUUGUUUCAAAAGAAACACGAUGGUUCUUUGCGGAUGUGCAUCGAUUACCGGGUUUUGAAUAAGCUCACAGUAAAGAACAAGUACCCGAUUCCUCUUAUUGCGGACUUGUUCGAUCAGCUUGGUGGUGCAAGGUGGUUCACCAAGUUGGACUUGCGAUCGGGCUAUUACCAAGUAAAGAUAGCCGAGGGAGAUGAACCGAAGAUAGCCUGUGUGACCAGGUACGGUUCGUAUGAAUACCUUGUGAUGCCCUUUGGCCUCACGAAUUCUCCAGCCACUUUCUGCACCUUGAUGAACAAGGUGUUAUAG